AUGUCGAUAUGUGGCGCACAUUGCACACAGGAGACCUCACCUUACACACACGGCGGUUCUCCAACAAACCCACCAGCCUGUCCGCUGAAAUCCGCGGAGGUGUCGCCUUCACUGCGGGAGGGGAAGGGUGGGAAUGCGGAGCAGGCACAAAUGGCCCCGCCGCCCCCCCACGCGCUUGCCGACCCGGCCAUUGAUCGAUCCGCUGAACCCAACAUCACGGCUUCGCUCAACGAACGGGUCGUCAACCGACGAUCCGACGCCAUCGUGGGCACCAAAGUGGAUCCCGCCCACCCCGCCUCAGCGGGGGGAGAAAAGGUUGAGGGAAGUUCACCGCCAGCCCCAUCCACAGAAAGGGGGUUCAUCUCCUACAAUGACAUCUCGCUUCGCCCUGGCAUUGAGCGGGUCUUCUUCCCUGACAGCGUGUAUACGGGGACGCUCGACGUCGACGGCAACCUCUCGGGCAUCGGCAAGGCUGAGUGGAAGUGUGGUGACACCUACGAAGGGGAGUGGCUCUGCGGUCGCAUGCAUGGGAGUGGAAUGUACACCUGGGCCGACGGUGAUUACUACGAAGGGCAAUACGUGCACGGGUAUAUGUGCGGCUUUGGUGAGAUGAAGGAUGCCGGAAGUGUUUACAAGGGAGACUGGGUAGAGGACAUGCGGGAGGGCAUGGGUCGGAUGGUUUACGCGAAUAACGACGUGUAUGAGGGUGAAUGGCUUGGUGGAAUGCGGCACGGUCGCGGUAAACUUGUGGAAUCCAACGGGAACGUGUACGAAGGGGAAUUUGUGCGUAAUGAAAAGGAAGGAAAGGGUAUUCUUACUAAAAAAAACGGAGAUGUCUAUGAAGGCGACUUUAUGAUGGGUAUGUUCAACGGCAGCGGUAUGUACAUGUGGGCAGACGGGGUUAAGUAUAUCGGGUACUUCAAAAACGGUUUAAGACAUGGUGAAGGCCGCGAGUGGCAUCCCGAUGGCAAAUGGAUUUUCGCAAAUUUCAUAAACGGUAAUAUUAGUCAACAAUAUGAAGCUUUUCAGGAUUCUGAUGCGGAGGACUUUGAGAAGCCGGAGCCGCCGGACAAUCUAGAAAUCGCUCUUGAGCCGCUUAACCCAAAGCAGUUGCGUCAGCUCGUCAGUGCCGGGACAAAGAAAACAGAUAGAAAUUUUGGUAUCGAUAGUAAUAAUGAUUUUAAUAAAACUGCACCAAACAAUGUGAACCCUGAUAGCAACACCAAAGCGAUUAUAUCUAUUUCUGAUGAACAGAAUGCAGUGCAGGAUAAGGUGCAACGACAAAACACAAAGGCAGAGGAAGACACGAUUGUGUAUCGCAAUACCGAGGAAAUAAAAAAAGAGGUGGGUGUGAAAGACUUGAAGCAGGAGCAUACUUCUCGUGAGUCAAGACCGCACUCGCCCCUCGUGUUUCCCCAGGAUAUUUCGUUGCCUGUAUUUGCUCCAUGUUCUUCUGUAAGUAAUAGCGACCACAUGAAUUUGGGGGUCUCCAUUACGUCCAUGUCCUUCGGGCUGCCUCUCAGACAAAGGCCCCUUUCCGAUAAAAAUCUUCAAGACUGGAGGCAGGUGAAAAUUAUCGGCAAGGGGAGCUUCGGCAGUGUUUAUGAAGCGCUCCUUACCUGUGGGCGGACUGUGUGUUGUAAAGUCGUUCAUCUUGGCAACGCGGCUACUCGGGAAGAUCUUCUCAAGCUGAAGAAUGAAAUAUCCCUCAUGAAGCGAUUGUACCACACGAACAUUGUUCAGUACUACGGGUGCUUAAAGAACAAAAGUGACAACACGCUAAACAUCUUCAUGGAGUUUGUCAGCGGCGGGUCGCUAAGCAGCUUUGUGAAGAAGUUUAAGAAAAUUCCUUACGAGACAAUGCGGCAGUGGACAUAUCAAAUGGUCUGCGGGGUGCGCUACUUGCAUAGUUGUGGCAUCGUUCAUCGCGACAUCAAGGGCGACAAUGUACUGGUGUCCUUAGAGGGGAUCGUCAAGCUCGCUGACUUUGGCUGUAGCAAACACAUCGACGUGUAUAACUCGAAGGAUGGCUGUGCGACAAUGGUAGGGACACCGUAUUGGAUGGCGCCGGAGGUGAUCAAGUGCGACGCGCGCGGCUAUGGCACCAAGAGCGAUAUCUGGUCCAUCGGCUGCACAAUUGUCGAAAUGCUUACAGGAAGGCCACCGUGGCCGGAGUGCAACUCUGUGUGGGCUGCCGUAUAUAAGAUCGCGAACUCUACUGGCCUGCCGACGGAGAUUCCAAGGGAUAUUGAUCCGAAGUUGAUGGACUUAUUAGAGAAGUGCUUUGAACGAGACCCACAAAAGAGACCUUCUGCAGAGGAGCUGUUGGAUCACCCUUUUCUAUCUGAAGUAGCAAAAGAUUCAGGGCACAGUAGCAACGAGUCUAAAUAA